CCUUGUGGGUAAAAUUGUAAGCUGUGAACUUACAGAAAAAAAACAAGGCAAAGCUGACUUUGGCGGCUAGGAGGACUUCAAUUAAACGUGUUUAGAAGACAAUCUAGAUUUGGAGUGGUGAUAGCACAUUUUGUUAUCUUAUUCACGUAUUCAAAUUAUAAACAUGGAUUUGGAAGAACAAAAUACGUAUGAAAACCCCGUUAAAAUAUUUAUUCGUGACAUCCAUAAAUUGAAGAGGAAUGAAAAUGAUACAAAUUAUUAUCACUUUUAUGACAAACUAAUUAGGAAAGUGGACAUAUUAGGAGUUGUGACUGAAGUGAGAAAGAUGAAUGAUUUUUAUUUGUACAGAGUUGAUGACUGCACUGGGGAAAUUUUGUGUAGGUAUAAUCACUUCUCUGAGAAAAAUUUACAAGAAGUACAAGAAACAGAGCAGCUGGAAGAGCUUGUCGCUGCUAAGAAUUUUCAGCAAGCAACAGAAUCUGGUGCUGCAAUGGAAUCUAUUUUAGGGGUAAUUUUUAAGAAAAGUAAACUCCAAACAAGCCCACUUGAACAAGGUGAAUGUGCACAUGUUCAAGGAUUCAUCAGCGACUUUUUUGGCACUCGAGAAAUAUGGGCAUUUUCAUUAUAUAAGGUGCUUUCUUCAGCUCAUGAGGUGGAUAGAGUAUUUGAGUUAUCAGCACUUUAUUCCAACGUCUACUCAAGAUUGGAUGGGGUAUAAUAUUUUUUCCUACUCGACAUUAUCUUAUAAACCGUAGCAGGGCAGGUGACAGAGAAUAGUCACACUCCCUGUUCACAUUUUGGCCAGUAUGUACCUAUAAUAUUUCAAUAAAUUAACAUUUUUUGUCAUAA